UCGAUCAUAUACCACUAUAUUACUGUGGACCAUUGGACAAAUUUUAUCAGAAGUAGAUACCAUUGAGCUGGCCUUGGGAAGCCACAGAUCUCCCUCUUUGAAUUUUGGCAAUAUGCGACUUGCCUGCAUGAUCUGUGUGGUUGCAGCAUCAACUUAUGGCCACUUCAUGUCAAGAUAUAAUCUAUUCUGAAGCCUUCCUGUUCUUCCUGGUGGAGGAAGAUUUAGACUUGUGUUGGACUUAAAAUGCUCAUCCAGUGUCUUGUACUAUAAAUCUUAAAAGCAAGCUUGGGCUGUGCUGGGCAUGAAACCUCUCUCUCUUUCUCUUCUAUAGAUUUUUUUUGAGGGGGGGGGGGGUGGUGGGAAAAAAACUUUGCAUGUCCUGCUACUCUCUCAGGGCUUUGAGUUAGUUCAGGAAUGAGAAAUUUUGACCAUUGCUCUCUGAUUGAUGUAUUGUAAUUGGUUACGAGUUUUAAAAUGAGCUUUCCGUUAAUUUCUACCAUGAAAUUGUACAGCGGCAAUUAUUGUGCAGUUUCUUAGUAUCGUUGCAGUAGUCGAAGUUGGUUGAAGAUGCCUGCUAUAAAAAAGAAUGACUGCAGCAGUGAGGGGCACAUAUUCAACAAGUUACUGAAUGAGAUUGGAAGCCCUGUUGAGUUUCAACUCCCAGACUGGUUGAAGAAGCGGAAGCCUACACCACUCUACACUUAUAUAAAGCGCAAUAUAUAUCUCACAAAAAAGGUCAAAAGGCGCCUUGAGGAUGAUGGCAUAUUCUGUUCCUGCAGCCCAUCAUCAGGUUCUUCUGGUGUAUGUGGUAGAGAUUGCCACUGUGGGAUGCUGCUGUCGUGCUGCUCAUCAAGCUGUAAUUGUGGGAGUUCAUGUCUGAAUAAAUCAUUUCAGCACCGGCCUGUAAAGAAGAUGAAAUUAGUGAAGACAGAGAAAUGUGGAUCAGGUUUGGUAGCAGAUGAAGACAUAAAGCAAGGAGAGUUUGUAAUAGAGUAUGUGGGAGAAGUUAUUGAUGAUAAAACUUGUGAGGAAAGGCUCUGGAAAAUGAAGCAUCGUGGUGAAACCAAUUUCUAUUUAUGUGAAAUUAAUCGUGAUAUGGUGAUUGAUGCUACAUACAAGGGAAACAGGUCUAGAUUUAUAAAUCACAGUUGUAGGCCAAAUACCGAGAUGCAGAAAUGGAGAACUGAAGGCGAGACCAGAAUUGGCAUAUUUGCAACCCGUGACAUAAAAAAGGGAGAGCAUCUGACCUAUGAUUAUCAGUUUGUUCAAUUUGGUGCAGAUCAGGAUUGCUAUUGUGGUGCCUUAGACUGCAGGAAGAAGCUAGGGGUCAAGCCUAGCAAGCCUAAGUUGUCUUCCUCAGAUGCUACAUUAAAACUAGUUGCCUGUCAGAUGGCAGUAUCCUCUCCUAAAGUCAAAGCAAUUCUGUCUGGAAAAUAUGAUUUCCCAAAUGGAGCUCUGCACGUAGGAAGCUCACGAGAUGGCCCUAAUCAAGAAGCGUGUUUCCGUAAUUGUAUUGGUGAAGUUGUUCGAAUAAUACGGCCCAUGGAGGAGGAGGAGAGGUGUUUUGGGAUCAUAAAACGGUUUGAUUAUAAUUCCAAGAAGCACACAAUUAUGUAUGAGGAUGGCAGUGUUGAAAUUAUUGACAUGUCAAAGGAAGAGUGGGAAAUCUGUAACCAAGCCAUGUAAUCAUGGGAUGUAAUAGUACCUGAGGUUGGCAUAAUAAUCUGCGAAUGUAUUCUGUUUUCAAUGGUAUAUAGUGGCCUUUGGUUAUACAUUAUGUUCUGUAAGAUAUCGCCGGAACUUCAUCAAAACUGUAUCUCAAUGCUGGGUAGUUUGUCCUCACAAGUGUAACAAAAUAUUUGUAAACAUAGGUUUCAAAUAUUUUGUAACCUAUGUUUCAAGUCCACAGCUAUGUAGCCUUUUGUACUUUAUGUAAUAUCGUUUCAUCCAAUUCUUUUGUUAGACUUGGUACUUUUGACAA